AUGCCGAAGCCAGUGCUUUCAAACGUCGUCUGCUCAGCACCUGGUAAGGUCUUACUGGCUGGUGGAUACCUUGUGCUCGAUCGAGCCUACACAGGUUUGGUACUGGGCCUUGAUGCUCGGAUCCAUGUGCUUGCCCAACCCUCCGCGGCGUCGGAUUCGGGUCCCUCUGAAAUCGUGGUGAGGUCUCCGCAAUUCAAAGAUGCAAUAUGGCGAUACCACUUCGAAAAUCUAGAAAAGGACGGAGGAAUUCGGCUCUCACAAAUCAAAGCAUCCAGUACAUCGCCCCCAGAAAACCGCUUCGUCCAGACGGCGCUCACCUAUGCAUUGACAUGGGCUUGCUCUCGUGCGGGCGCUGAAAUUCAGCCAAUGGAAUUUACAAUUUUGGCAGAUUCAGAUUACUAUUCUAACGAAGCUAAGUCAUUUGAUUUUGAUGACCGUUUUCAAAAUUUUGAUGUACCUUUACAUGAGGCACACAAAACCGGUCUCGGCUCUUCGGCCGCUCUAGUCACUGCGAUCGUAAACGCCGCCGUCCUCUUUUACUCGAAAGAGACGACACAAGAGCAAGAUCAGUGGAUGUUUCGUUUGGCACAAGCCGCACAUUGCGCUGCGCAGGGUAAGAUAGGCUCUGGAUUUGAUGUGGCAGCGGCUUCUCAAGGAUCAUGCAUCUACAGACGUUUCUCGCCUGAGAUCCUUAGCAGUCUUGGAAGUGCGAAUCAAGCGGGAUUUCAAGAAAGACUUCGGGCAGUGAUCGAAGGCAAAAGAAGCUAUGGCAUUGAGCUCAACGCUGCGUGGGACUACGAGUGCGGGGAGGCGUUUUCCAGAUUUCCUGUCGGGCUUCGAGUCGUGAUGUGCGAUAUCGACUGUGGCUCUGAAACCGUUGGCAUGGUCUCAAAGGUCCUUCAAUGGAAGAAGGAAAAGCCGGAGGAGGCGAGUCUGCUGUGGGCAACACUGCAAGUAGCAAACGAAGACCUCGCUAAUCAGCUACGGAAAUGCAUCCACACGAUAACGUGCUUCGACGGCGUUUACGAUGAUGUUCGCUCUACCCUAUUGACUAUCCGAUCACUAGUGCGGGAAAUGUCCAUGAAAGCCGCUGUACCGAUCGAACCUCCCGUCCAGUCAGCUUUAAUUGAUGCUUGCUCUGAGCUUCCAGGAGUGAUCGGUGGGGUGGUACCAGGCGCUGGAGGCUACGAUGCAAUCGCGUUGCUCGUCAGGAACGAUACGGGAACUAUUCACAGACUCGGCAGCUUUCUUUCAAUGUACAAAUCCGAGGCGGAUAAUGGAGAUACUGUUAGUAUUGCGCGAGUUCGAGUACUCAAGUCGAAACAAGUCGACAAAGGAGGAUGGCAGGUUGAGAAUUGCGACAACUACCGGUCGUGGCUCCGUUGUGCUUAA